CACUGUUGCAACUCUCCCGGCCAUGGCAGCAGCGGCGGCGCAGAGGCUUCUUGCGGCGAGCACGAAGAUCGUCGGGGCCGGGCGCAACUACAUCUCCCAUGCCAAAGAUCUCGGCAACCCUGUCCUCAAGGAACCCGUCCUAUUCCUGAAGCCCACGUCGUCAUUCCUCCACGCCGGCCCGACCGCCGGCCCCAUCGAGGUGCCCGAGCCGCUCGAGUCGCUGCACCACGAGGUCGAGCUCGCCGUCGUCAUCUCCCGGCGCGCGCGCGAUGUCCCCGAGGCCUCCGCCAUGGAUUUCGUCGGAGGUUAUGCACUUGCUUUGGACAUGUCAUCAAACGAUCUGCAAUCAGCUUCUAAGUCUGCAGGUCUUCCUUGGACUUUGGGUAAAGUACAGGACACCUUUACUCCAAUUAGUGCGGUGGUUCCGAAAUCAGCAAUCGCUAAUCCCUAUGACCUAGAACUGUGGCUAAAGGUAGAUGGUGAACUUAGGCAGAAGGGACUUACAAGUGAUAUGAUAUUCAAGAUUCCUUUUCUAAUCAGCUAUAUCAGUUCCAUCAUGACAUUAAUGGAGGGCGAUGUGAUAUUAACUGGUACUCCCCCAGAUGGUGUAGGUCCUGUCCGAGUAGGACAGAAGAUUAGUGCUGGUAUAACUGACCUCAUUGAUGUAGAGUUCGAUGUUCAGAGACGCAAACGUUCAUUUUCUAACUGAUGCAGCAAGCAAGAAACUAUGGAAAUAAAAUUCUGAGAGUACCGGAGAAUCAUUCUGAGGAAUGUUGGAAUUUGAAGGAUUUUGGGGAUGCAAUUUCAACCUCCGCUUUCUACCGAUCCUGGCGAAUAUAUCUGUUCCUGUGGGUUGAUUACGACCCGUACUAAGUCAGUACUGGAUGAUGUUGCCACUUGGAGCUAUGGACAUUUACGUUUUUCAGUCCACCCUCAGUCAGACAUGUGGCGACAUUUGGCCAUUGUUGCGCAUAUACACAUCCUCGCGGCUGAUUCUAUAUACAUCAGUUUAUCAACACUUGCGAGCCAAUUGGACAGUUGACACCUGAUAUCUAUCUAUAUGUA